CCUACGUCACGAUUAUUUGCAUCAUUGGAUAAUAUAGUUUAAAUUAAAUUUUUUAGAAGUAUCAGAGAUUACUUUUGAUUUCUUUAAAUUUCAAUGAGCUGUUGAUAUCGUAACCAACAUAUAUGAAUAUAUCGUAUCUGGUUAUAAUUGUUCUUUCGUACCACAUUUGUUAAUUGACCUACAUCCGGGAGCGUUUUACAAAGUUAAAAAUAUUCAAAAGUAGACAAAUUCACAUUAUUUCAGGAAAGUAAAAUUAUUGUGACAAUGCCUGUCGACAACAGGCGACUAUGGACACCAGAGGAAACAAUUCCCCCUGAAUUUAUAACAAAAUAUAGGCCAACCACUGAAUUAGUCAACCAGAAUGGGAAGAGGAGAGAUGGAAGAGAAGCUAACCAACACAGACCAACAUAUUUGAAGGCAGGUGCUAUAAGUCAGGCUAAGGGCUCAGCUUACAUUGAGAUGGCUGACACGAAGGUCAUCGCUGCAGUUUAUGGUCCACGGGAGGUCAUGAAGAGAGAAGAUUUCACGAUGUCAGGACAGGUAAAAUGUGUCUUUAAGUUUGCCACAUUUUCUUGCAAGACUCGACAGAAACACAUAGAGGAUGAUCGGGAGAAGGAAUUAUCAAUGACUAUCUUAGAAGCCCUAAAGCCUGCAAUUAGACUGGAUAAGUUCCCAAAGGCCAGACUAGAAAUCUUUAUUACAGUCUUACAAGAUGGAGGGAGUGCUCUGGCUGCUGCAAUCACAUGUGGCUCAGUGGCUGUAGCUGAUGCUGGAAUGGAGAUGUAUGAUGUUGUAAUAGGCUGCUCACUGAGGCAGAUUGGGGAGAGGUCUUUGAUUGACCCCACUACAGAUGAAGAAUCCCACAGAUCUCUGUCACAGUCAGACGAGAAGUCCAAUGAAACAUCUCAAGCGAUGAUGACAGUUGCUCUUAUGCCCUCUAUCAACCAAGUCUCAUCCAUUAUACAGAAAGGUGAACUCUCAAUAGAUGGCGCAAAACAAGCACUUAAGCAAUGUCUGGACACUGCUAGAAAACUGCACCCUGUUAUUAAACAGUGCCUAAAUAAGGCAGUAGAAGCCAAAUUAAAAAGAUGAUACACCAAGCCCACAUAUGAUAAACACAUGCCAUAGUAGGCUACAUACUACUUAGUCACCAGACACCAGACUGGACAAUCCAUGUUGUUGUGAAUUUUGGUUAAAUGUACAGUUAAACAGGUUUAAUAAUAAAAAUGC